AUGGCCGGCCUUGUCUCCGCUUCCAACUCCAACUGGGCUACCAUGAUGGCCGCGGCGAUGCCGAAGCCGGCGGUGAAGAAGGACGAGAAGUCAUACGAGUACUGCAGCUGGCCUGCAUCUGAGGAGUACGUCAAGGACCAGAGCAUUGGGAACGGCAUCUGGGAGACGAUGAAGAAGGCGACGCCGCAUGCUAUCUACGGCGGUAUCGGUGUCGACAAACCCGAGCUGCGUAUCAUCGUCGCAUGGGACAAGACCGACUCGCACACCGCCUUCACCAAGACGCCCGAGUACGCCGUCCUGGGAAGCAAAGUCAAGCCCACCUUCGCGAACCCCGCAGCUCCGGGCAUGUACAUGGCGCACAUCCACUUCGAGGAGGACCCGACGAAGCUGUUCGAUGCCGGUGUGACUGAGAUCGUCAGGUUCACGCCGAAGGAGGGAUACACGCUCGACGACGCGAAGGCGGUCGUCAAGAGCAUCCAGGCGAAGAUCUCCGGCAGGCCAGUCAACGUUGGGUCGCAGGUUGGCACGAUCGAGGAGGAGCCGGAGAAGGUGCUCUUCCUUGUUGGCUGGAAAAGCUGGGAGGAGUACCAGGCGUUCCGCAAGGAGCCCGUUCUCACUGAGGACUUCUUCGCCGAGAUCGGCAAGAAGGUCGACAUCGCCAUCGACUACUCUUACCUCUCGAAGAAGCAGUAG